AUGAAACUCCUUCUCGUUGCCCUCGUUCUCAUUGCUGUCGCAAUCGACGGCUCGCCCAGUGUACGCACGGCUGCCGAGAGCAAACGCAAAUACGUGAAAAAAGUCAAGCAACAGAGUCUGGUGCAGCACCAACAGCAGAGCAGCUAUACCAGCUACGGCGCCUGCAUCCUCACGGGCACGUACAAGCAAGGUACUGACGUUUCGUCGUGCAGCUCCAUCACCGUCGAUUCGCUCCGCGUGCCGCCUGGUGUGACGCUGGACCUGACGAAGACGAAGAGAGGCGUCGUCAUUGAGUUCAAAGGCAACACUACGUUCGGAACGAAAAUGUGGGCCGGUCCGCUCGUUAUGGUCAGCGGAACGGAUCUCACCGUGAAGGGACCGGGCGUCCUUGACGGGCAAGGACCUUGGUACUGGAAAUACGGUCCGUCCAUCACGCGUCCAGUCUUCUUCCGUCUUCAGAACGUCAUCAGCUCGAAAGUGUCCGGGUUCACGGUCAAGAACAUGCCCUACCGUACGUUCAGCGUCGUGACGUGCAAGAACACGGUUCUCUCUGGUCUCACAAUCGACUCGAGAGCGGGCGAUGGCAUCGCUAAGAACACGGACGGGUUCAACUUGUCCAAGAACGACGGGGUCACGAUCACCGGCAACACGAUCUACAAUCAAGACGACUGUCUCGCCAUGCAGUCGAGCACCAACACCGUCUUUCGCAACAACUACUGCUACAAUACGCACGGUAUUUCCAUCGGGUCUCUUGGCGGCAACGCUGUCGACGCUUCGACCACGGUGCGGGGUCUGACCGUUGUGGGUAACACGAUCGUCAACAGUGUGAACGGUAUCCGUAUCAAGACCCUCAUUGGUCUCAAGGGACUCAUCACUGACGUGAAGUAUAUCAACAAUAAGGUUCAGAACGUAAGGAACGCGGUCUCUCUCCACGCGAACUACCACAAGGGAAUGGGCAAGUACUGGGGUCCGCCUACGAGUCAGGUGCAGAUCACCAAUAUCAUGAUCUCCGGUCUCACUGGCUCGUCGGAAAAAGUGUACGACAUCCAGGUCAACCCGAACGUGGUAUCGGGUUGGAACUUCAAGGCCAUCGAUGUGAGCGCAUCAAUGAAGAGUACGAUUGAAGGCUUGCCGAACCGCCGGGCCGUAUAA